UUCCAUCCAAGCUCGGUUUUGUCUAAAUCUUCGUGGAAGAAGAAGAAGCGGUUCACCAGCCACUACAUCUGUGGAUCCCACCAAAUCAUUAAACCGGGCGGCUGCUCGCUCUUUAAUCAGUGAUUCACCGGCCACUAGAUCGAUGAAGAAUCUCUCCAAAAUCUGCUCUUUGAUCAGUGAUUCACCGGCCAUCUUUCCAGUGGGGAGGGCCAAUCUUCUCUUUGAUGUGAAAUUAGUCAGUUUGAGGUUGUUGUCGCAAUUGGACCUAGGUUAG